AUGAUUGAUGAUACACAGCUCCUGGAAGAGGAAGGGCUACCAGAAUAUGAUUAUCAUCACUUCUACCCAGUCCGACUUGGCGAAAUUUUCAAUGACAGGUUCCAGACAGUAGCAAAGUUGGGCUAUGGGUCGUCCUCUACCAUAUGGCUAGCUCGUGAUCUCCAAGAGCAUCAAUAUGUCGCCCUCAAAAUUUAUAUACACAACUCAGCUCAACACCGGGAAUUGCCCUUUUAUGAAAAACUAAGCAAGGCCUCGCCAAGCCGGCAUAUUGGUGCAGAAAACAUAAGGAAGCUACUUGGCUCAUUCAAGGUCAACAGUCCUUUUGGCACCCACAUCGUCCUAGUGCUUCAAGCCUCUCAAAUGAGUUUGCGUGAUAUGGACACUGUUUUCAUGCAAGGUCGUGGAUUUAAUGAAAACUUCGUCAAGAGCGCUAUCAAGGAGCUUCUACAGGCUCUUGAUUUCUUACAUAGCAAAGUCCAGGUCGUGCACACUGAUAUCCAUCCCGGUAACCUACUUCUCGGUAUCGAGGACGACUCUUUAUUUCGGACGCUAGAGGAUACUGAAAUGACUAAUCCAGUUCCGCGAAAGAAGGUUUUCGAUCGGACCAUCUACUCCUCUCGACUCAUGAAGCCGAAAGUUGGGCCACUCCUUCUAUCCGACUUUGGAGAAGCCAGACUUGGGCCUGGGCCUCAUGCAGGAGACAUCAUGCCCAUUAUGUAUAGAGCUCCGGAGACGCUAUUAUGGAUUCAAUGGAGCUAUACUGUCGAUAUCUGGAGCGUUGGGCUCACGGCAUGGGAUCUCUUGGAGGGUAAAACACUGUUCAGUGCCAGAAACGCCGACGGCAGUUUUUCAGAUGGCGUGCAUUUCUCCGAACUUAUAGCCGCCCUCGGCCCACCUCCCAGAGACCUGUUGAACCGGCACCAUGAGCGAGCACUUGAAUACUGGGACGAGAACGGGAAUUGGGGAGGCUUUGUUCCUGUUCCAUCUGAAAAGACAUUGGAUGCAGCAGAGACGAAGCUUAAAGACAAGACCAAGUUUCUACGAUUUAUGCGGAGAGUCCUUGCUUGGGACCCCAAGAUGCGACCGACAGCUAAAGAACUUAUGACAGACCCCUGGUUGUUGGAGGAGGCUUGA